AUGGGUGGCCCAGCGGGAGUCGUUGCCUCCAGUGGCAAUGAGGUCUACAAGACCCUACAAAACAACAUCAACCCACGAUGGACCCGCGAUCCAGGUCUUCGCAGUCUCAACUUUGCCAUUCUUACCAUGUUCGCGUCUGCAGCGGCGAAUGGUUACGAUGGCUCCCUCAUCAACGGUCUACUUGCAAUUCCCUACUUCAAUUCCAACCUAGGCGACAUCAGCUCGAGCCUUCUCGGUCUCACCAUUGCAGGCAUAAGUCUUGGUGGACUGCCUUCCUUCGUGCCAGCAUCCUAUGUCAGCGAUUACAUGGGCCGGCGAUUCUGCGUGGGCAUCGGGUCGUUCCUUAUGCUCGCUGCUUCUGUCAUUCAAUGCGCGACAUCUGGUGUCUAUGCUUUCCUCGGCACGAGAAUCAUGCUUGGAAUCGGGCUUGGAUUCUCACAAACCGCCGCUCCUCCUUUGACGACGGAAAUUGCUCAUCCGARGCAUCGUGGCAACGUCACCAAUCUCUUCCAGGCGACUUGGUAUUGGGGAGCGAUCGUGUCAGCUGCCGUGACGCUCGGAACGCUGUUCAUUGGAAAUAGCUGGAGCUGGAGGGUUCCAUGCUUGCUGCAAGGACUCUUCCCGGCAAUUCAACUACUCGGUCUCAUCAUCGUGCCAGAAUCCCCACGCUGGCUGGUUUCCAAGAACCGCCAUGACGAAGCCUUGAAUAUUCUUGCAAAGUACCAUGCGAACGGACAAGUUGAUGACGAGCUGGUACAGUAUGAGUACCAUGAGAUUUGCCAAGCCAUUGAACUUGAGAAAGCGGUUUCCAAGACGACAGGCUGGGCUGCGUUCUUCGCCACGAGAGGUAAUCGUCAUCGCCUGCUCAUUUGCAUAUUGGUUGGAUUCAUGAUUCAAUGGGCGGGUAAUGGCAUCGUUUCUUAUUACCUCGCUCCAAUCCUCAGAAGCGUCGGUAUCACCAGCGAGGUGACUCAGGCUGGCAUCAACCUUGCCCUGCAGAUUUGGAACGCUGGCCUCUCAUUUCUUGGCGCACUCGCAGCAGAAAGAUAUGGUCGACGACCUCUCUGGCUCAUCUCCGCCACUGGCAUGCUGUUCUCGUUUGUCGUCGUCACCGCACUCAGCGCCACCUUUGCCGAGCACGGAAUUCAAGCAGCGGGUAGCGCAACGAUUGCGUUCUUGUUCAUCUUCUUCGGGUUUUAUGACAUCGCAUUUACCCCACUAUCGAUUGCAUACCCUGUGGAGAUUCUCCCAUUCAGUCUCCGUGCAAAGGGUCUGUCGGUGAAUCUUACCACAGUCUUUGGAGCUGGAUUCUUCAAUCAAUAUGUCAAUCCGAUUGCGCUCGAUGCGAUUGAGUGGAGAUUCUACUUCGUAUAUAUCGGAACACUGGCGGCCAUGAUUCCGACGAUUUACUUCUUGUUCCCAGAGGUAGGUUUGAUGAUCCUUCUCCGUGGCAUGACCAUCACUGGCGACUAUGCUUAG